AUGUCAUCUUAUCUGAAGUACACACUUGGAAAAAAGACACAUCAGUUCCCUAAUAAAGUGAUUAUGGUGAUGGGAGCAACUGGAUCAGGGAAAACUACACUCAUCAAUGGGAUGAUCAACUAUGUCCUGGGUGUGCAAUGGGAAGAUGAAUUCAGAUUCAAACUAAUCCAUGAAAUUACAAACAGAAGCCAAGCCCAGAGCCAGACAUCUGAAGUGACAACCUACGAGGUCAAUUGCAAGGAGGGCUUCAAAGUCCCCUACUCCCUGACUAUAAUAGACACCCCGGGAUUCGGUGAUACCAGAGGAAUUGAACAUGACAUAAAGUUAACGGAACAGAUCCGAACAUUUUUUUCCACUCCAGGAGCCAUUGAUCAGAUAGACGCUGUCUGCUUUGUAGUUCAGGCCUCACUCGCUCGUUUGACACACGCCCAGAAGUACGUGUUUGACUCUGUUCUCUCUAUCUUUGGGAAGGAUAUAAAAGACAAUAUACAAAUCCUGAUCACCUUCGCAGAUGGACAGACGCCCCCUGUCCUAGAGGCCAUUAACGAGUCUGAGGUGCCUUGUGCUAAAGACGCUCAGGGUGUCCCUGUUCAUUUCAAAUUCAACAACUCCGCACUGUUUGCCAACAAUGCUGGAGCUGGCAAGGGCCAUUGUAAUUUUGAUGCAAUGUUCUGGGAAAUGGGAGCGAUCAGCAUGGAGACUUUUUUUAUGUCCUUAAGAUCUUUAAAGACUAAAAGUUUAACAUUAACGCAGGAAGUUCUCAGGGAACGAAAGGAGCUCGAGGUUGCUGUGCAAGGGCUGCAGCCACAAAUCAAAGCUGGCCUGACAAAGCUAGAGGAGCUACGACAGACUGAGCGAGCUCUGGAACAGCAUCAGGGUGAUAUGGAGGCCAAUAAAAACUUUGAGUAUGAGGUAGAACGAACAGUGGCAGUGGAAGAAGACAUCAGCGGCACAGGUGUGUUUCUAACAAACUGCCAGAAGUGUCACUUCACAUGUCACGGUAACUGUGUAUAUGCUGAUGAUAAUGACAAGGACAAAUGUUGUGCUAUGAACGGAUCUGGAAAUUGCACUGUUUGCCCUGGUAAAUGUGUGUGGAACAUUCACUUCAAUCAAAAGUACAAGUGGAGAUAUGAAGUCAAAAAAGAGAAAAAAACCUAUGCAGAACUGCAGGAAAAGUACAAAAAGGCCUCUGAUGAGGUGAUGACGACAGAGAAGGUUAUUGAGAGGCUGUAUGAGGAAUACACUGAAGUAGAAGAGAUAGUGCUAACGCUCAUUAAGAGAUCAUCUCUCAGCCUCCAACGCCUGCAAGAAAUUGCCUUAAAACCAAACCCACUGUCCACUCCAGAAUACAUUGACCUCAUGAUCAUGUCAGAAGAGCAGGAAGUGAAGCCUGGGUACCAGGGACGCAUAAAAUCGCUGAAGGAGGUGAGAGAACAGGCCGUGAUAAUAACUAAGAUUGCCAAUAACGAGCAACUGCUGCCAGCAGAGAUGGAAAAGUACAGGAAGCAUGAAACACAAAAGAUGGGAAUCGUGAAAAAAACAGGCAAGAAGAUUAAAAAAGGGUAUAAUAUGGUAAGAGAUUGGUUGUCUGGUGCAAAAUAGCCUGCAGUGAAUCCCCUCACACCUGAAACAUGAAAGUCUGUAAAACAAGCACAUUUUUCAGCUUUUAUUCAGGAAUGGGGACUUCUGCUAUUUUUACAUUCCAGCUGUAUAGAUAUUUGGAAAACGGAUCUUUAUGUCAUAGAUUUUAAAGCCAGAAGUGCCCAUUAGAUCAGGAGUUCUCAAACUUUCUUUUUUAAACCGGGCCACUCCUUGAAAAUAUUCCAGGCUGUGAUGACUCCUCCUCCCAGCCCACCCCACCCCAAAAAAAGUGGU